GCGUAUACAUAGACAUCCUCCUAUAUCAGACAGUACGCGUACUUGUUUUUAAUUGUUUACUUAGAAAAAUGGAUAUAACCUUGUGGGGUGAAGUUGAAGGCAUAGAAGAUAUUGACAAAAGUAGUAAAAAUUCAGAAGAUAAAAAAAAUAACAUAUUAAAUUCAUUUGAAGUACCUCCAUUGUAUGAACAGCAUAAAAAUGUCAAAAAAGAUAAUAAACACAGCUUAAUCUUGAUGAAACCACCACUUGACAGUAUGGGACAAAAUCACUUAAUGCAAUCAAUUGAAUUACAACAUUACAAAAGAAAAAUCCAAUCUAUUAUGGCAGCAGCACACUCCAAUCCAACUGAAAUUCAGAAAGGAGCUAUCGAAAGUCAAUAUCUUUCUGCACCUUUAUCUGCAGCUCCAUUACCUCCAAAAAGGUUUUGUUCAAGUGAAGGUCAUUUGAUACACUCUGUUGGUACAAAUUUUUUAUCUACAGAGUUUGCAGCUAAAGAAGAAAAGCUUAUAAACAAAAUAGAAGAUUGCCCAAACCUUAGUGCAUUAUCAUUGAGACAAUUGUUAUUGAAAUCUAUUGCUUGUAUAGUUGCACAUACUGGUUUUGAAAUAGCUUCAGAAUCAUGUUUGAAUUUGUUGACAGACAUUGCUGUUGAACAUUUUAUGAAACUAUGUUCUUUGUUACGAGAGCGUCUAGAACAUUCGUCGUUGAACUCUAAGCAGACUGUAAUUGAUAUCAUAAAGUUAGUUUUUUCAGAGGCUUUAAUGGAAAGUCUUACUUCAUUGCAAGACUAUUGGUUAAAAAGUGUGAAACAAGUAGCUGUUAAACUAGAAAAGGAAAAUGUUGCGUUGCUUGAAGAGUACAACUUUCUUAGGGAUUCUUCAUUCAAAGCUGUUAAAGAAGAAAUAAACAGGUGAUCGCAAAUCUUUUGACAGUUGGCGUAAAUAUGUUGACAUUCUGCGUCACGGGCUCGUUGGGAAUAGUUGUAUUAGCUGGUUAUCUCUACAAUGAUACACGAAUCGUGCGAGCUAGUUAUCGAUACCAUAGUGCGCAAUAUAUAGGAGUUACUCAUCUUUGAAAAAUCUUAACUAUUAACAAUUUAGUUAAUAUUUAAUAACAAUAUUUAAUUGUUUCAAAAAGUUA